AUUUUCUCCUCCCUCCCCGACUCUAAACAAGCCUGACGUCUCCUGGGGACCCGAGUGCUCUAACACAGGAGCGGACAAGAAUCAGCAGAGAAAUAUCUCGCAGAUGCAGUUAAGAGGAAACUAGACACAUUGUGUCUCGUCCUUUACGCCUUUUUCUAUCCGGAGAUACUGGGAGAUUGUGGACAGCCCCAUGAAACACAAGAUAACGAGCAUUUCUAAACACGUUUGGACGAAGCUGACCCUAUAACUUCAUUUUUUUGAGGGGUUUUGAUUAUAUUCCAACCCUUUGGGGAUUUUAUUCUUCUUCUUUUCUUGAUUAUUGUGCAAGCUUGGAAUUUUAAGAUUUAGAUUCUUGAGAUCGGGUUUUGUUCUAAGACAAGCCUACUCAGACGAAUUGUCAAAUUUUUGGGGCGAUUUGAAACUAUACGUUUGAACCUUUUCUGUUGGGACGAGCGGGCAUUAAAUAGCAGCGGAAACGUUUGUCUAAAUAAUUUAUUUCCAACACCCGCAAAGUCUCAUCCGGAUUGACACCUUCGUUGCAAUUCUUGGAUUUAAAAGGAGCAGUGGAAGAAUCGACGCAGUGUGAGAGACCUAAAAGGAAAGGAGAGCUGGUUCUCAUUACUGUGGCUGUAUAUCUAAGAUCAGCAGCGACUCUGUGAUCCUAUCAAGCCGGCUGUGGUUGGGGCUGAAACCAGAACCCUAGCCAUUGUGCGAUAGCGCAAGUCACACGACGCUCUGGUGCUAAUUGGCUUCUCGCCAAAACCUCACAGGUCCGGAGGUGAGGGAGGUAGAUAGAGAAACAGUCAGCGCCGCGGAGCGGGCGUUUGUUCCUUCGCUCGUUCUCACGUGCCUAUCUGUGUGUGUGUGUCUUUGUGUGUGCGUUGUUGUGCGUGCGUGCGAGCGUGGCUGCGUGCCCAUGUAUGUAGGUGACGAGACAAACCUAAUCAGUCUGACCACGGCGCUCACACCUCAAAGGUGAGAGAGAGGUAGAGGAGCAUGACACUGACCAUAGAUCUCUCCUCCUCGUCAACUCUGUCACCAGUCGCAACUCCGCCAGCAGAACAAGCAACAGCAGCAGCAGUAGUAGCAGCGUCUCUGAGCUCGCUGUCUCAACUAUCCGCCCGGCUUCCCUACACAUCUGGAACUAUGUCUCAUCCGAACAACAGCACGAAUGUCUUCGGGACAACUUCUGCAAAUGCCACGGAAGUUUCCAACGACACCGAGAUAGAUUACACCUUUGACAGGUGGGGGAUUAACUCUGACCUCGAUGGCAUCCUCGUUCCCAUCGUCUUCGGCAUCAUCUUCGUUGUCGGACUGGUGGGCAAUGGUACCCUCAUCAUCUCCGUGGUCGCCAACAAGGUGAUGAGGAAUGUGCCCAACAUCUUGAUCGUUAGUCUGUCCGUGGGAGACUUUUUGCUCAUCCUCAUCUCGGUGCCCGUGGCCUCUACGCUCUACACCUUCAUCAACUGGCCCUACGGAUGGGUUGUCUGCAAGGUGGCUCAUGUGGUCCUGAGUUUCGUCAUCAUCUUCAUCGUGUGCUGGCUGCCCCGCUACGUGUACGUCAUGUGGUUCCACUUUGACCCCAGUGACUAUUCCCUCUUCUGGCACACCUUCAAGAUCACGGCCUUCUGCCUCAAGUUCAUCAACUCGUGCGUCAACCCAUUCGCCCUCUACUUUCUCAGCGGCCAGUUCCGGAAGUUCUACAACCGCUACCUCUUCUGCUGCUGUCGUCGCGUUCGCUACACGAGCCUGGAACCCACCUCCACCAUGCACCAUCUACACAGCACUACCAGACGCUCUAGUCCCACCAACAUGUCCAUGGUACAUUCGCAGUCAAUGUGCUGACUAGGCCUGGGCAAAUGGGUCACCCGCAGAACGCCAAUAGCACGGAAAAGCGGCCGUAGGUCAAGGACGGUCUCGUUUGUCGCGGAUUCGUCUGGACGUCUUAAGACCAGGCCCAGUAGGUUUGCUGAUAUGGCGGUUUGACUGAUGCAGGUUUGACCCAUUUAGUUUUGCCCACUGAACAUUCGCUCAAUGGCUACGUGUUUUGCGGAUAAAGGACUUCUGAAGUUCAGAUGAAAGGAAAGGCAUCCAUCGAACGUUCAUAAAUGAUAGGUGGACAGACUGAUGAACUUCGGAAUUUCAACAGUGAGGUUCUUUGCCUUGUGUACAACAGGUUACUUUCCAAGUGGGGAAGAUGAUAUUAUUUUAUCUCCUUCUUUUCCAAAGUGACAUAACUCACACAGCAUGAUCUAACACCUAAAGACAAGAUAGAAGCAGCUGUCUUCAUAAAUGGUCUUGACUGAGUCGACGCGUACGUCAAACACUCAUUACGUCAGUUGCUAAUUUAGACACUCACACAAAGAGACAGGUUUCUCAAGUAUACCAGCGGUGGUCUCGUACUUGGAGCGCAUGACACUCACUCUUGGGGUGUCAAGUCUGGCCAGGUACAGCCACCUCUCAGUUUCUUGGACAACUUGUUUUACUUCAGGGACCCACGAGUCACUUAACGGUUGCCUGUUUGAAUAAAGUAGAAAGGUGUUAUGGUUUUAGGAAGUUCCUACAACGUUUGGAGCACCGAAUGCUGACUAGUGGCCUUGGCCACCAGGAUUCCAAUUCCCCAAGUGUAUUUCCAAGUGGGACAUUUCUAGAGAUUCAAUUACUCCACACUUACGGACUGUUUUGAUGAUAGUUAGCAGUAUUAUUUGUGCUGUUGAAGGCAUGACACGCACACCGUAUUGAUCGCUCAGAGUCACCUACUCAAAGCACCUCGUUCAGACUUUACACAACAAGUAAGCCAACAUCCUUCACAGGGUGAUGUCUGAGCCCUGAUCAUGACACACUCUGUCUGACCCCUCUCACGCUAGGCUCUUGGACAUAAUACGAUGGUGAUUUUAGAAUGGCUGAGGUGCAGAAAGCUCGGCGAAAAAAACUCUUACUAGAUAGCUGACCGUGUUGCACAAGACUUUAAGAACAAACACUUGCUAGAUGGAUGAAUGUGGGGACAUGAUUUUCCACACCCAUCUAUUUUUCCGAAGCAGGAUGCGUUUGGAAUGAGAACAGUUUUUCGGGCUCAUUUCUUGCUGUAAAUAUGUUCAUAGAUUAGACAUCCUUUUUGUUGCCUCUUGAAGUACCAUGUUCUUUUUUUGGUGUGGGGGGGAGGGGGUGGUUGUGAUAAUAAUAUGCUCGGCAUGUGUAGGAUCUGAUAUGUCCUCCGUGUGAUGGGGGCCAGGAUUGUAUAAUAUUAGGGAAACUGCAUAGUGGCCUCCAAUCCUCAUAGUGUCUCGGUGAUUUGACAUUCCGGGGAAUGGGCAAUGGGUUCGUUUUUCUAUACACUAGAGCAACAACCCUGUUAAACAGUACAGAAAUCUUCUCACAAACAUAAUCAGGUGCCUGAACCGCCAUUACUCAUAACAACAGAGUAAGCAAAAGAUACAUAAUGUCUUUGAAGAGACAAAUGACAUUUAAGUACUUUAUUUAGAAACGUUGAUGACUGGACCGCUUGCUUUUUGCAUUUGUGCUGCUCAGGUUAUGGAUGGGAAUCACAAAGUCAGGCGGUUAUUGGCAGUGUUUGUAUAAAUUAUGAUAAUCUUACUUCCGCCAGUACCCCAUAAUGAUGCGUAAACACAACCGCAGCAGAGCUGAACUGUGUAGAAUUUUACCGGUAAGACGUUCUCAGCAUGCCGAGAUUUCAGAACAAGGAAAUACCUGUGCUGUUGGUGGGCGUGUCACGGAAAUCCUUUAAAGUGUUUGGACACUCGAUGAACUCAUUGUCACUGGAAACUGUUUUAUCAAAAAGACGACCAAAAAGAGUUUGCACAGUACAGACGGAGAGGGUGUUACAAACUGUUGUGGUUGUUCGGUAUAUUAAGUGGGUGAGUGUUUCUGUUCUUGGGGAAGGAGGGCAGUUGGAAAGGAAGGGGUAUGGGGGAGUGUCAAGGAGUAUUUCCACUCCCAUUUUUCUCGAGAUAUACCAUGAAAGACGAAGCGGGCAGAAAAAAAGACGGGCAGAAUAUGACACCCAGAAUGUCUCACCGUAUGCUGCCAGUGUCUGAGCCUCAAUGGGACCCCGGCAUUUUGGACUUUCGUCAAUUCAACUGUUGAUGCCGUCAGCGCUCUCUUUUCGUCGCCACAUCUGUUUUUGCAUUGGUCUCUCUGUCUUCGUUGGAGUGUUAUAUAAUAGCUGUACAAUAUCAGGAUUUUGGUGAAAGAGCAAAGCCGAGUAAGGUCAAUUAUUGCAAGCAAAAGUAGGACAUGUUAAAAUUAAAGUACUCUAUACUGACGUAAGCACAUUUGGGGUAGGAAAAUAUUUUAUCUUUACUUGCAUUUGAAUCGAUAUUGGGCUCAGAAGAGCUGAAAAAGGCCGAGCACAAUGUAAACAACUGCAAAGUAUCUAAGUAUUACGAUGUUAAGUAGCGAUUAAUAAAAAUAAGCUCAUAGCACCUACCCUCCCCAUCCCAGACCCCGCAGUUAUCCCAGGCACUGAGGAUCUUGGGAGUCACCUGAGAAGCUUCCUUUUAGAGCGUCGGUUUAUGAAAACAGUAUCAUUUUGAGACGACCAUGUCAUCUUAGCUUUGUUUUCCGAGAAUGUUUUGUGUCUUUGAUAAACCUUUCGCAAUACUUCAUUUUCGACCAUGUCUGCAGUCAUUCCAGAAUCUUACACCGGAAUAUUUGGUUUCGUCUGCGUCUUGGUCCUUUUGUCUGUGCUGUCGCUAGCGAUAUUGUUAUUAUCACUUGAUUUGAAAGAAAAAGAAA